GGGGAGAAACAGGGAGGGGCAGUCUACAGAGAGAGAGUGUUAGGGAGGGAGAGGGCGAGACUUGUUUAGUGAUGAAAGCCAAUAGAAAGUCUGCUGGGUGAUAAUAUCCACAUGCGGGAGAUGGAGAGGAGCCAGAACACAGAGACACAGAGAGAGAGAGACCCUAACCACAGGAACUCAGGCUGUCCAUGGGCAUCCAUGCAGCUACCUCACCAGGACCCCGAAGAGAGUCGCAGACUGACCAGUGUAGAGACCAGCUAACAAACCACCAAAAACCUCAGCAUAGAAACCAUGAUCUGACAGAAGAGCUGAAAAACUUUCAAACUGACCCCCAAAACCGAGGAGCCAACCAAUGAGUGACCAACGAAUAGACCACCUCAACCCCUGACCUCUGUCUCUACUGGAAUACUUACCUAACCCAACGCAGAGACAGACUGGGACACAGAGAGAGAGAGAGGACGCUUUGGACACCUGAAACAAGAGGAUGUACAGACAGUUUGUUCUGUCAAUCCUGCUUGCAGGCGUCCUUUGGCUGGUGGGCGGAGACACCCGCAAGACCCGCCUCCAAGGCUCUAUCCCCAACCCUUUCAAAGGGAACGGCAACACCUCUGACAAACGCACCCGCAAACAGGAAAUACUUGCCUCCAGCCAGGAAGCUCUGGUCGUCACAGAGAGGAAGUACCUGAAGAGUGACUGGUGCAAGACCCAGCCGCUGCGUCAGACGGUGAGCGAGGAAGGCUGUCUCAGUCGUACCGUCAUCAACAGGUUCUGCUACGGACAGUGUAACUCCUUCUAUAUCCCACGACACGUUAAGACGGAGCAGGAGUCUUUCCGGUCCUGUGCUUUCUGCCGGCCGCAUCGUUUCACCACGCUGACCGUAGAAAUGGACUGUCCUGACCUCCAGCCGCCCUUCAGGCACCGCAAGAUCCAGAGAGUCAAACAGUGUCGCUGUAUAUCGGUCUCCGUCGGUGACUCUGGGAAGCGGUGAUACUCGUCUCUCUUUUUUUAUCAUCUUGGACAAUCCCUAGAUACUGUACAGAUAUUCCGCUCACCUCACAGGAGACAGUUUGUACAAGACUCGAGUACAUGGAGGGUGAGGACAUGCAUUUUUACUGACGGCACAUAGAAUGAAUACAUAAAAGCUGAAGGGGCCCACUCUCUUUAGAAGACCUGAGCAUGACAGACAUUUCUAUGGAGCAGCUCUGUGUUGAUCAUACCAAGCACUCUAUAUGAGACAAACGGACAUUUCUACAACCCAGGCUGAAUCAACCCAUACACUCUGUAGUUCAAAGAUGGUGGAUAAAUUAAGAUAUCUUACUCAGGCGGGUUUACCGUUAAAAACAAAAAAUGGUCACAAUUCCAGACUGCUUAAGGAAGUGUCUUUCCAAUAGACAACAAUGCAAUAGCAGCUGGGUCUGGUCUACUUAGUUCAUUGACUGUAUAUGAACCCGGGGGAAAAAAGCAGAGUGAGACAUCUCACUUCCUGUACCGUCUCUGCAGAAGCAGACUUACCUGGACCACAGGUCUCCUCAGCCUGUCGGAGAGGGGGGGGUUGUAUUCAAAUGGAAGAAAACUGACUGAAACAAAAAGAGACUUGUCUAAUACAAAAUGCUAAUUUUCAACUACAAAAUGUGUUUCUAAUGUGUACCCUAAUAGAUAUGACCUUAUUCCAGAGGGACUCUGGUAGAGAGGGUGUUGGAGAGACUGACUGGGUUAGUAGAAGGUCCUACUGUAACAACAGCUGACCUUAUUCCAGAGGGACUCUGGUAGAGAGGGUGUUGGAGAGACUGACUGGGUUAGUAGAAGGUCCUACUGCAGAAACAGCUGACCUGGGGUUUCACAGAGGGUAGGAGGUUGUUGAAUAGAGACUGACUGGGUUAGUAGAAGGUCCUACUGCAGAAACAGCUGACCUGGGGUUUCAGAGGGUAGGAGGUUGUUGAAUAGAGACUGACUGGGUUAGUAGAAGGUCCUACUGCAGAAACAGCUGACCUGGGGUUUCACAGAGGGUAGGAGGUUGUUGAAUAGAGACUGACUGGGUUAGUAGUAGGUCCUACUGCAGCAACAGCCGACCUGGGGUUUCACAGAGGGUAGGAGGUUGUUGAAUAGAGACUGACUGGGUUAGUAGUAGGUCCUACUGCAGCAACAGCCGACCUGGGGUUUCACAGAGGGUAGGAGGUUGUUGAAUAGAGACUGACUGGGUUAGUAGUAGGUCCUACUGCAGCAACAGCCGACCUGGGGUUUCACAGAGGGUAGGAGGUUGUUGAAUAGAGACUGACUGGGUUAGUAGAAGGUCCUACUGCAGAAACAGCUGACCUGGGGUUUCAGAGGGUAGGAGGUUGUUGAAUAGAGACUGACUGGGUUAGUAGAAGGUCCUACUGCAGCAACAGCUGACCUGGGGGUUUCAGAGGGUAGGAGGGUGUUGAAUAGAGACUGACUGGGCUAGUAGAAGGUCCUACUGCAGAAACAGCCGACCUGGGGUUUCACAGAGGGUAGGAGGUUGUUGAAUAGAGACUGACUGGGUUAGUAGAAGGUCCUACUGCAGAAACAGCUGACCUGGGGUUUCAGAGGGUAGGAGGUUGUUGAAUAGAGACUGACUGGGCUAGUAGAAGGUCCUACUGCAGAAACAGCUGACCUGGGGUUUCACAGAGGGUAGGAGGUUGUUGAAUAGAGACUGACUGGGUUAGUAGUAGGUCCUACUGCAGAAACAGCUGACCUGGGGGUUUCAGAGGGUAGGAGGGUGUUGAAUAGAGACUGACUGGGUUAGUAGUAGGUCCUACUGCAGCAACAGCCGACCUGGGGGUUUCACAGAGGGUAGGAGGGUGUUGAAUAGAGACUGACUGGGUUAGUAGUAGGUCCUACUGCAGAAACAGCUGACCUGGGGUUUCAGAGGGUAGGAGGGUGUUGAAUAGAGACUGACUGGGUUAGUAGAAGGUCCUACUGCAGCAACAGCCGACCUGGGGUUUCACAGAGGGUAGGAGGUUGUUGGAGAGACUGACUGGGUUAGUAGUAGGUCCUACUGCAGAAACAGCUGACCUGGGGUUUCACAGAGGGUAGGAGGGUGUUGAAUAGAGACUGACUGGGUUAGUAGAAGGUCCUACUGCAGAAACAGCUGACCUGGGGUUUCAGAGGGUAGGAGGUUGUUGAAUAGAGACUGACUGGGUUAGUAGUAGGUCCUACUGCAGAAACAGCUGACCUGGGGUUUCAGAGGGUAGGAGGUUGUUGAAUAGAGACUGACUGGGUUAGUAGUAGGUCCUACUGCAGAAACAGCUGACCUGGGGGUUUCAGAGGGUAGGAGGGUGUUGAAUAGAGACUGACUGGGUUAGUAGUAGGUCCUACUGCAGAAACAGCCGACCUGGGGUUUCACAGAGGGUAGGAGGUUGUUGGAGAGACUGACUGGGUUAGUAGUAGGUCCUACUGCAGAAACAGCCGACCUGGGGUUUCACAGAGGGUAGGAGGUUGUUGAAUAGAGACUGACUGGGUUAGUAGUAGGUCCUACUGCAGAAACAGCUGACCUGGGGUUUCACAGAGGGUAGGAGGGUGUUGAAUAGAGACUGACUGGGUUAGUAGUAGGUCCUACUGCAGAAACAGCUGACCUGGGGGUUUCAGAGGGUAGGAGGGUGUUGAAUAGAGACUGACUGGGCUAGUAGAAGGUCCUACUGCAGAAACAGCCGACCUGGGGUUUCACAGAGGGUAGGAGGUUGUUGAAUAGAGACUGACUGGGUUAGUAGUAGGUCCUACUGCAGAAACAGCUGACCUGGGGUUUCACAGAGGGUAGGAGGGUGUUGAAUAGAGACUGACUGGGUUAGUAGUAGGUCCUACUGCAGCAACAGCCGACCUGGGGUUUCACAGGCAAUAUAUCAUUAUGUACAAAUAAAUAUCACAUUAUUAGAUUUAGAGAGAUUAUAUCAAUACAAUGUUACAUUAUAAUGGCAUUUAUAUUUACAUAAAUGAAUAAAUUAUAUCCUAAAUCUG